ACAGCGCUCCCCCACCCCGCAAAGGCCCCGGCCACGGCCGUUUGGUCCACUCACCGCCUCACAGGCGCACAGCACGCAGCGCAUCACCCCAAAGGGCUCCCCCAGAGCGCUGCCUGCUGUGCACCUGGGUCCUGGAGCCCUUCUCCACCUGGAUAGAUUCCAGACCCUCCUCCUCAGCCCACCUGUGCCCCACAGUGCAAGAAGCACAAGAGCCCAAGCCGCCUCCAUGGCCCCAGGAAGGAUUCAGGGGAGAGGCCCCAACCAGGGAGCCACUCCAACCAGACAGCAUGGCCAGAAUGGAGCUGACUGAACUGCUCCUCGUGGUCAUGCUUCUCCUAACUGCAAGACUGGAUCUGUGCCUCCCGGCUCCUCCAGCCUGUGACCCCCGUCUUCUAAAUAAACUGCUUCGUGACUCCCAUGUGCUCCACAGCAGAUUGAGUCAGUGCCCAGACGUUAACCCUUUGUCCACACCUGUCCUGCUGCCUGCUGUGGACUUUAGCCUGGGAGAAUGGAAAACCCAGAAGGAGCAGACCAAGGCACAGGACGUCCUGGGAGCCACAACCCUUCUGCUGGAGGGAGUAAUGGCAGCACGGAGACAACUGGGACCCACCUGUCUCUCAUCCCUCCUGGGACAGCUUUCUGGACAGGUCCGCCUCCUCCUUGGGGCCCUGCAGGGCCUCCUAGGAACCCAGCUUCCUCCACAGGGCAGGACCACAGCUCACAAGGAUCCCAAUGCCAUAUUCCUGAGCUUCCAACAACUGCUCCGAGGAAAGGUGCGCUUCCUGCUGAUUGUAGUCGGGCCCACUCUCUGUGCCAAGCAGGCCCUGCCCACUACAGCUGGCCCAAGCAAUACCUCUCUAUUCCUCACACUGCACAAGCUCCCAAACAGGACUUCUGGAUUUUGGGAGACAAACUCCAGUGGCUCAGCCAGAACUACUGGCUUUGGACUCCUGAAGAAGCUGCAGGGAUUCAGAGCCAAGAUUCCUGGUCUGCUGAACCAAACCUCCAGGUCCCUAGACCAAAUCCCUGGACACCUGAACAGGACACGUGGACCCUUGAUUGGAACUCAUGGGCUCUUUCCUGGACCCUCACCCAGGGCUUUAGGAGUCCCAGACUUCCCUCCAGGAACUUCAGGCUCCCUGCCACCCGACCUCUCGCCUGGGUAUUCUCCUUCCCCAACCCAUCCUCCUACUGGGCAAUACACACUCUUCUCUUUUUCACUCACCUCCCCCACUCCCCCGGUCCUGCUCCCACCUCCACUUCCUGACCCCUCUGUCACACCCAACUCUACCAGUCCUCUUCUAAUUGCACCCCACCCUCACUUCCAGAAUCUGUCUCCGGAGGAGUAAGGUACUCAGGCCCUGCCAGCUUCUGCACUGUCUCCCAUGUAAAGUUCCCUUACCAGGAGGGGAGGCCCUGAAAGUCAAGUUAUACCAGAUUUCCUGCUUGCAUCUGAAACCCAAGCCCUGCUAAAGGGGGACACGCAGGACACAAAAGGGGAUCAUUUUUCACUGUAUAAUGUAAAAUUUGAGAAGCUAUUUUUUUAAGCUAUCAAUAAUAUUCAUUAGAGCAUCUAGUUACCUU